UGGUGGGGUGUUUCAGCAAGGAGAUGAAGAGAAAAAUCUAAAGUGCGUAAAGAAAAAGUGAUUGUUUUGAAAGCGACUGGCGUCAAACACUGGAUCGCAUACGCUUUCAGGAAUGAGUGUUGCUUAUAAGAUUUAUAAAUUGUUUGGCGAACAUCCCGAAAUUAGGUGAGCACGGAAUCUGGUUGCGACGCUGACCGUCUUCUCUCGCACAGCUUCAACGUGUGUAUAUGUUCAUAUGAAAGUGACCCCGUGCGAAUUAUCGCCAAAUUGUCCGAUUUUUUCGGUAAUGUGGGAGUAGUGCCGUCGUGCGAACUUUCCAGUGAAGUGAUUACGUAAUUGAUGCACGUUUUCUGGGCCCGAUGGUCCAGCGCAUCUCCAUUUUCUCCUAAUCCCAGUUUUUGAGUAACAAAUACACACAAAUACAAAUGUGCUGUAGCUAUAUAUAGACGGAACUCACGACCUAAGAUGUUGCAGUUGUAAAUUGUGAAACCCUUUCACCAAUUUUUGUCUCUAGCGCUGAAUUCGCCCAAUCAUGCAUCACAUGUACCCCCUUGCCAAGGGAGACCCCUUGUGUCCCCUAGGGUUCCACCCCCAAGUCAGGUGGCCCACUAGGUGUAAACGGUGCUUCAGAGACUAUAAGGAACAUGGGGGGAAGCGAAGGGACGAAGAACCGUCCCUCCGAAGAGACGACACCACGGCGUCGACACCUAGUCUGUCUUGGAGUUCAAGGGAUGCAGAUAGUGAGAGAAGACGUAGCUGGGUAUCUAGCAGCAACUUAGCGUCUGACCGUGACAAUAAUUCUGUAAAAAGUGAAAGUAAUUAUAGCAAUCCAUCAUCUUGGACGUCCACUCCAGAUUUAGCAAAAUUGGAAGACGAUACUCAAGCUGUCACAACAGUUAGCAUAAAAUUACCAAAGAGAAAACAAAAACCGAUCGAUACGGGACAAAGAACUGUUUCUGAUAGUUUCUCCAUUAAACCCGAAAAGUCAGUAUUUAGUAAAAACGAUAGUUUAGCAGCACGCGCUAGGAAAUUACAGCAAAUCAAGGAAGCAGCGGAGGAAAAACACAAACGAAUCCAAAUAAAAGAAGUCAAAACAAUAUCAGAGGAACCAACAAAUCACGAUGUACAAUUUCUCAUCCAAGUGAAACGAAAACCUACUGUAGUGGAAGACCAUCAUUCAGAGCCCGAAGACGACGCUGUAAGUAUAGCCGGAACCGAGACAACUGACACCACUUUGGUGGAUGCGCACGAUCACGAGUUAAGAGAACAGUUAGAGAGUUUAAAAAAAGAGCUAGAAACGACGAAAACAAAAUGUGAAAGACUUGAACGCGAAAAGAGUGACAUUCUCCUGCGAAGACUCGCAGCGAUGGAAACAACAACCAGCAAGACCACUGCUUCGGAAGUCCUGAAACUCCAGCAAAAGUGUAACGAGUUGCAACAAACUCUCGAGGAUUUCCGGGACGAGAAGAAGAGUCUAACUUUUAAGGUGAAGGAGCUGGAGGAGGAGUUGGAACAGAGACCUACGGCCCAAGCGGCGCAGAAAAUCGCCGAUGAGCUGCGUUCGAAGCUGCUCGCGGCUGAAACACUGUGCGAGGAGCUGAUGGACGAGAACGAAGACAUCAAGAAGGAGCUGAGGGACAUGGAGGAGCAAAUGGACGAAAUGCAGGACAACUUCCGCGAAGACCAGGCCGUGGAAUACACCUCACUCAAAAAAGAGUUGGAUCAGACCACCAAAAACUGCAGGAUUUUGUCGUUCAAGCUGCGAAAAGCCGAACGCAAAACUGAACAGUUGGAGCAGGAAAAGAACGAAGCGGAGCGGAAGUUGAAAGAGAUCUCAGGGGGACAGUCAACCUUGGCCAAUUUGGAGAAAAUGAAACAACUCGAACAGGAUUUGAAGCUAGCUAACGAAGUCUCGAUUCGGUUGCAAAAGGAGUUGGAUGAGACGAAUCAAAAGCUUCAAGAGGAGUCCAAGACGAGCAAAAAGAAAGCGCCGAAGUUGGGAUCCAUCGGCAAAUUCCCAUCUGCUGAUGGAAAAGUUUCCCGCGAGUCUCUGACUCGGGGCGGUUCCCAAGACGAUCCCGCUCAGUUGCUGAGAGACCUCCAAGAUUCAAUGGAACGCGAAGCUGACUUACGGGAACAACUGAAAUUUGCUGAAGAAGAGAUUUGUAAAAAAUCAUGCGGACAUUUCAAAUCCCCCGAAUUGCAUAUUUUUCAACGCAAAUCCCCUUUAGUAUUGUUUGAGUCUCAAAACGUGGAGACCAAACUUUUCACAGUAUCGACCCAAACUUUGUUAAAUCUUGACUCAUCUGAAGCAGGAACACAAGCCGCAUUUGAUAUCUGUGACGCCUCUAGUCAAACAAUUGAAUGGCGACCACAAAGUUUCAUUUCUUCCAUUCAAUUCCAUCAUCUCACAAUGUCCAAAAUUUACCAACCAGCGAGACAUUUCUCACCAAUGGCCACUUUCCUGAACGCAAUGGGUCGUAAACUAAGUCCCACCAAUAAUUCAAGAUUGACCCCAGAACCACCUUCUGAGAAAGGUGACGUAUCAGACGACGAAGACCCCGCAGAAAUCAAAUUACAGUUAGAGUUGAGCGAACAAGAAGCUUCUGUUCUUCGACGCAAAGUUGAAGAUUUAGAAGCGGAAAACCAUAGAAUUAAAACCAAAAACAAGGAACUGCAAGACAAACUUACCGCGAAAACUACAACAAAACGCACGGCUGUUGGUGGAGAAAAGGGCACGACACUGCAAAAUCAGAAGCUGAAAGUUCUAGAAGACGAGGCGAACGACCUUCGGAAAAAACUCAUCGAGAAGGAAAGAGACUGUGAAAGACUACACGCGGAACUUAGUCUAAACCAAAAGAGAAGUAAAAGUGUUCAAAAAAGCAAGUCUUUGGAUUUGGAUCAGCAAACUUUGGACUUGAAACGUCAACUUCAAGUCAUUGAACAAGAAGCGAGCAUUUUACGAAAUAAAAUCCAAUCGCUUGAGGCAGAGAACGAGAAGUUAAUAAGCGAGAAUAAAAAGCUUCAACUAGUCCGAGGAGCGAAAAACCUCAAAUCUGCGGACAAAAACUUAGACAAAUACAUUGACCAAAUAGCUUCGUUAGAAAUUGAAAUUUCCGAGAAAAACGACAAGAUCAAAGCGCUGGAAGAAAAAUUAGAAACGGCCCUUACGCAAGAUUCAUCAAGUCUUAAAGGAGGAAAUUACAAACGAUUUGUAGAGAGAACACCUAAGAAGGUUUCACAGUUAACAUCGAAGGAUCAGUUGAAAACUAUGGUGCAUGAUUUGGAGAAUGAAAUUGGUGAGAUGAUUGUGGCAAUAAAAACCAGCGAAAACGAGAAGAUUAAACUAGAGGAAGAAAUGAAGAAAAUGCGACACCAGAACGAAGUCAAUAAAGCGAUGCAAGAACUCGAAGAAAUGAACAAGAAAUUUGAAGAGAUGAAGACUGAAUUAUCGAAGGAAAAGGAGAAAGUGACUGAAGAGAAAAGUAAAUACGACGAACUUAACAAAUCUUUGGUCAAAACGAAGGAAUCCUUAACGAAAUCGAAUCAAGAGAAGAAGAAACUUAAAGAACAAAUCGAGAAAUCCAAGGAAGAACAGAAGAAAGUACAAGAAGAAAAGGAUAAACUGGACGAAGAAAUAGCUAAAUUGAAAGCUAAUUUAAAAACUGCGACUUAUAAACAAGAUGAAUUGACCUUAAUAAGCCAGAAGGCUGAGUCGCUAAAAUUAGACCUUGACUCUAAAGAAAAAGAGUUAAAAACCAUCAAAAAAGAACUUGAUAGUAAAAUCAAUGAGUUAUCUGAAAAAGCUUCGAAGGUGUCUCAGUUAGAACGGAAAUUUAGCGAAACUGAAGAAAAAUUAAAAAUUGCAGAAAAACGUGAAAAGGAUUUGGAAGCUAAAAUUGAGGAAGAGAAGAGUAAAACCAAGUCGAAAGAAGGAGAGCAAAGUAAAUGGAACGAAGAGCGCAAAAAGUACAAUAACCAAAUUGAGGAAUUAAAUAACAAAAUUUUAAGUCUGGAAACCACAGUUGAGAGCAAAAAGAAAUUAAUCGAGCGAUUGGAAGAGAAUUUGAAAAAAGAGCGAGAAUCGUUUUCCAAAGUUGAUGAACUGGAAACUCGCGAAAUCACAAAAUUAAAAGACGAAUUAAGUAAGAGCAAAGCUAAUUUGGCCGACGUUGAGUCCAAACUGGCAUCGUCCCAAAAGAGCCAAAAGAAUCUCGAAGAUAAGUUGAAAAAAUCGGAGACGGACAGUAAGAAUGAUAAACUGUCUCUUGAGAAGAAGAAAGGAGAGUUAGAAAUUGAAUUACAAAACGAAAAGAAGAAAAUCGAGGUGAUGAAAGGCAACCACGAGAAAGAGAACAAAAACAAAGAAAUGGAGCUCGCUUCGCUGAAAAGCAAGAUAAAAUCACUGGAGUUAAACGCCGGAGCUGGGACGAAAAGACUAGCAGAAAUCAAACAAUUCCAAGAGACUAUAGACAAAUUAGAAACUAAUCUAAAUAAAGAAAAGCAGAAAUAUGAAGACCUCACGGCUAAGUAUGAAAUUUUGGAAGAAGAACAUGUAGUAACCAAGGCAAAGUUGGUUAUGGAGAAAGAAACUAUCGAAAAUCAACUUUCUAGUACAAGGUCACAACUGGACGAAUUGGAAGUUGAGUUAAAAACACUGAGAGAAACGUACAACAAACAACACGAUGAAUGGAUAAAGGAGAAACUGAGCAUGCAAGAAAAAAUUAAAGAGAUUGAGAAACGUAACGGAAACGGAAGCGAAUUAGAUAAAGUGCGAUAUAAAGCAAUGCUGGACGAUAAGCAAUCCGAGUUGGACCAGCUGAGGAAGGAAAAUGAGGCGAUGCACGACCAAAUGGAAUACAUGAGGAAGGAGACUGACGAAUUGAGGAAAAAACUGGACGAUUACGAAAAAGUGAACAAAGUACAAAGGAACAUAAGUGCGGAUAGUUCGGCAAUGGAGAAGGAAAUAAGGCAACUUAAAGCAAAGUUGAGUUCUAUUGAAAAAUCCAAAAAGCUCGAAUUGGGCGAGUACAAAAUGCGAUACGACAACCAGCUUUCUAUAGUCAACGGCGAACUGCAACAGCUCCAAGGCCAAGUGAUGCGGUUCAAGCGCGAACGAGACACGUACAAGCACAUGCUAGAGUCGGCUCAGAAAACUAUCGGCGAUUUGAAAAAUUCUCCAAGAAGUGCCAAAGACAAUACGAAUCCUUCUGCACACUACGAUGAGUUGGAGGAAUCGAAAACAAAAAUUGCAACUCUUGAACAACAAAUCAGUUGCAUGGAGGACGAACUUUCGGAAGCUCGCCUUGAAUGUUCUCGACUGAAAACCGAACUGGUGUCGGAAAGGUCCACAUGGGAAGUGAAAAUGUCUGAACUGCAUUCCCGGGUUAAUGAACUAGAAGAGGAGAAAAUCCUUAGUAGCGGAAGAACGAAAAUUGUAGGACUGCGGACUCGAAUGGAACUAGCUUGGCAGAAAGAACGCGAGGAACAGCAGAGAUUAUUGCAGGAAACUGCGACUUUGGCCCGAGAUCUUCGGCAGACGUUGUUCGAAGUUGAGAGGGAACGAGACAAGGAACGAUUAGAAGCGAAACGCAAACAAGAACAGUUCAAAAAGUCCUCCGAGGAGGAUCAAGACGAAAAUAAGAAGAAAAUAACCGAGCUACAGUGCGAUUUGCUGGAACUAAGAGACGCUCACGCCAAAUUGCGAACCACAAACGAGAAGCUUCGCCGCGAAAAAGAACGCUACGAGAAAGAAAGAGAAGAAUUCAAGUCGGUUAUUCAAGGCAAGAAGCGCCUGAACCAAGAAGACGAACGAAAAGUCAACGUCCUGAUUGAACAAAUCGACUAUUUGAAGCAACUAGCACCAGAACUGUUCUUCUCCCGCGAUAAGGAAGCCUCAUACACUCCAACUCCCCCACGGAGGAGCAGAAGCUCGAAAUCGCGCGAGACUUCACCAGCCAUCGAGCGCCGCGAGUCGUCUUUAUCACCAGAAGACAAGCAACAAGAAAUCCAAAACAUGAUGCUUAAACUGGCAAACACUGCGGAAGACCUGCGCCGACUCCAGAAACUAACCGAAGAUGAAUACGAACGGGAGAGAAUCAAGCGCAGUAUGGGGAUGAGAAGAGCGACGUCCACUGAACACGAAAAUGUCUCCGAAAGCAGAUACAAGUCGUACCAGAAACGCAAAACCGACGGGAGCUUACACCGAAAAAGCUUGUCUCUAGAGCACACCAUAGCCCAGAACGACCCCAAAAUCUGGAAAAACGACAACGACAGCAUGUCCAGUCUCCACUCUCUGGACAUGUCUUCAGACGUCGAAAGGUGGACAACGAGGGACACGAGUCUAGACAGUCGCCUCUCUGGUGGUUCCACCCAGAGCGAGUUCGCCGGCGAGAAGAAAAAGAAGAAGGGAAUCAUGGGCAAGUUGAAGAAAUUGACCAAAUCUCGAAGCAUCGAUGACGAAGAUCCUGGGACUUUCUCGCCCUCAAGAUCACUAUCGUCAAAGCAAAAUUCGAGUUCCGAACUUCUGGAGGAGAAAGGGAGCAAGAAGGAUUUGAGGGAGCGAAUCACGGGUAUUUUCAAGAAAAGCGGCUCGUCAUCACGGAGCAACAGUGUGGAAAGACACGAAGUGAGACACGACACAAGUUCGACACACAGGCCCUUGAUGCGGAAUGGCAGUGGCGGGAAUUUGUCCUCACGAGCGUCUCCAGCUUUUCAGGAACCAGAAAAGACACCGAACGCAAAAGCUAAGAGAAAUUAACAUUUGAAACAAUUUCCAUUUUUUAUCCCCCAAAUUACGUGUUUUGUUGUUUGAAAAUAGUGUUUCAUGUUAAUAGACCUGUAAAUUUAUGUUUGUAAAGUGAUUCUUUAAAUAAAGCCGCUAUUCGAAUCA